UAUGCAAUCUUAGAAACGUUACUGUGAGUCAAGAACCUGUGCGUGCUUUGCCAAAUGUCUGCUCCAAGAUGGUUGGACGUGGUGCAUUCACAGCAGGUUGGGAUGUAAAACGUCGGGCUUGGAGCAGUCUUGGCCUCCAGGCACCAGGUGGCGCUGUGGGCACGUCUCCGCGGAAGCGGCAAGGGCCGCACUGGCCAACUUCCGGCGACAGCAGCGGAGGCGCAGCCAGGCCGAAGCGCAAUCCCGGGCGGGCAGUGGGAAGCGAUGCCGUAUGCUAACCAGCCCACCGUGCGAAUCACGGAGCUCACCGACGAGAAUGUCAAGUUCAUCAUCGAGAAUACGGAUCUGGCGGUGGCCAAUUCUAUUCGGAGGGUCUUCAUCGCUGAGGUGCCCAUAAUAGCCAUUGACUGGGUUCAGAUUGAUGCUAACUCCUCGGUCCUUCACGACGAGUUCAUCGCUCACCGUCUUGGAUUAAUCCCACUCACAAGUGAUGACAUUGUGGACAAGCUGCAGUACUCCCGGGACUGUACGUGUGAAGAGUUCUGCCCCGAGUGCUCCGUGGAGUUCACUCUCGAUGUGCGGUGCAAUGAAGACCAGACUCGUCACGUCACCUCUCGAGACCUCAUCUCCAACAGCCCCCGGGUCAUUCCAGUGACGUCCCGGAACCGAGAUAAUGACCCCAAUGACUAUGUGGAGCAGGACGACAUCCUCAUCGUCAAGCUGAGAAAAGGCCAGGAGCUGAGGCUUCGUGCCUAUGCCAAAAAGGGCUUUGGCAAGGAACAUGCCAAGUGGAACCCCACUGCCGGGGUGGCUUUUGAAUACGAUCCUGACAAUGCCCUGAGGCACACAGUGUACCCCAAGCCAGAGGAAUGGCCGAAGAGUGAGUACUCCGAGCUGGAUGAGGAUGAGUCACAGGCUCCCUAUGACCCCAAUGGCAAGCCAGAGAGGUUUUACUACAACGUGGAGUCCUGUGGCUCUCUGCGCCCGGAGACCAUUGUCCUCUCAGCCCUCUCCGGAUUGAAGAAGAAGCUGAGUGACUUACAGACCCAGCUAAGCCACGAGAUCCAGAGUGAUGUCCUAACCAUAAACUAGCUGCAGCUCACCUGCAGUAGCAAAAAGGGGGAUCUGAGCCAGCAGCUGGAUUUCAGAUUUCCUGAGAUUCUAGUUUCUGGGGUCUGGAUAGUUGCUACUCAAGCUUCUUGGUAAAGCCAUCAGUACCAACUAGAAGGCAGCAGUGGGAAAAGUGAGCCCAUCCCAGCCUUGCUUAGCCACGGACAGAGUCCCAGGGGGCCAUGGUAUUUGAGGCAGGAGUCUUUUGAGCACCACUGGCCCUGCCUGCUAAUUGCCAGUAGCACUCCGCUUAACCCAGAACCUCCCCUACCCUGUUUCCUUAGUGUGCCAAUAGGGGGUGGUCAUAACUGCUCUGUUGAGAGCCACUGAGCUGGAGUCCCCUCCUCUCUGGUCAUCUCAGCUGUGUACAUCAAACCCUUUCUGACCAAAAGUUGGGAUUUUCAGUUGUACGUUAGGUGUCUGCUGUUCGGGUUGAGAGCUACACUCCUUCAGGUUGCCUACAAACUCUUUCAGUCCCUGUAGUGGCAUGUAGUGGGACUUCAAAUUGCCAAGUGAAUUUAAUUGGAGAACCCUUUGAGAAGAGUGUUAGAUCCUGACUGCCCCCAGCCCCAUAUAAACUAUUUCAUUCUCUAUCCAUCAGUUAGGAACUUCAUUGCCAGUAGCCCAAUUAUUUAGUUCGGAGGGUUGGAGGGCAAGGUCUGUCCUUGACCCCUUUUCCCUGUAGGCCGGAACAUACCCAAAGCAGUUAAUUAGGCAGCCUGGCCAGAGAGGCCUGGAGAAAAGCAGAGAUCCAGUACAGAAAAGGAAGGGAUAUUUAUUAACAAUAGCUGUCUUUUUAAAAGUUUUUAUUUUUGGCAAUAAAGAGCACAACAUAAUCUC